UACACUUCUCACCAGAGCCACGGGAGACCAAAAGAGUAACUUCGGUCAAUUAGUUUAACUUUGACUAUAAAUAUUCCUUCUCAUCCCUUGUGACCCUGUUAACAGCUCCGCUGGCAAACCCCGAUUCUCUGGCAAUAUUUAAGCUGCCUGUCAGUUGGCAGAGCCCUGGUGGUGCCCGGCGCGGGGAGCAGAAUAAGACCCAGCUGAGCACAUUAGAGGAUAAGCAUGCCAGUAAAAACUCGGCAGCAGCCAAGACACAUUGGCUCUUAAGGAGGUUUAUGCACCGGGACCAAGGAGUGCCCAGCCUGCCUGAGAAGCCAUGGAGCCCACCAGCAUCCCCCCGGCCUCGGUGAGCCCCUCGUGGGACGCGUUUCCCCAGCAGACUCUGGAGCCCGUCGACAUUGCUGUGCUCGUGCUCUACUUCCUCUUCGUCCUGGCAGUCGGGCUGUGGUCCAUGUGGAAGACGCAGCGCAGCACCGUCAAAGGCUAUUUCCUGGCCGGAGGACAGAUGGUCUGGUGGCCUGUGGGAGCAUCCCUGUUCGCCAGCAAUGUUGGAAGCGGCCACUUCAUCGGCCUGGCUGGGUCGGGAGCUGCCUCGGGAAUUGCUGCAACAGCCUACGAGUGGAACGGGAUGUUCUGUGUCCUGGUGCUGGCCUGGCUGUUCCUGCCCAUCUACAUCGCAUCGGGGGUCACCACCAUGCCCGAGUACUUGAGGAAACGUUUCGGAGGCAAAAGGAUUCAGGUGUUCCUGGCAAUUCUCUACUUGUUCAUCUACAUCUUCACCAAAAUAUCAGUGGACAUGUACGCCGGGGCCCUGUUCAUCCAGCAGGCCCUGCACUGGGACCUGUACAUCGCCGUGGCGGGGCUGUUGGCCAUCACUGCCAUCUACACCGUGUCGGGUGGCCUGGCAGCCGUGAUCUACACCGAUGCUCUGCAGACCCUCAUCAUGCUCAUCGGGGCCGUCACUCUCAUGGUCUUCAGCUUUAUUGAAGUCGGUGGCCUGGAAGGUUUGCAGACAAAAUACUUCAGUGCCAUUCCCAGCACCCGCAAGGAGAACAGCAGCUGUGGCUUGCCCAGGGAAGAUGCUUUUCACAUCUUCAGAGACCCUGUUAACUCUGACCUUCCCUGGCCAGGAGUUUUGGUGGGAAUGACCAUCCCAUCCCUGUGGUACUGGUGCACAGACCAGGUCAUUGUUCAGAGGUCCCUCGCUGCCAAAAACCUCUCCCACGCCAAAGGAGGCUCCUUGAUGACCUCCUACUUGAAGAUUUUGCCCCUCUUUAUGAUGGUAAUGCCAGGCAUGAUCAGCAGGGUUCUCUUCCCAGACCUGGUGGCUUGUGCAGAUCCGGAAAAUUGCCAAAAAAUCUGUGGCAACCCCUCUGGCUGUUCCGAUAUCGCUUAUCCCAAGCUGGUGUUAGAGCUUCUGCCUGUAGGACUCAGGGGCCUGAUGAUGUCAGUGAUGAUAGCAGCUCUCAUGUCCUCCCUGACUUCCAUCUUUAAUAGUGCCAGCACCAUCUUCACCAUGGACCUCUGGAAACACUUCCGUCCGCGUUGCUCCGAGUGGGAGCUCAUGAUCGUCGGCAGGGUCUUUGUGCUGCUGCUCACCGUGAUCUCCAUCCUGUGGAUCCCCUUGGUGCAGGCUGGCCAGGGCGGGCAGCUCUUCAUUUACAUCCAGUCCAUCAGCUCCUACCUGCAGCCGCCCGUGGCCGUGGUGUUCAUCCUGGGCUGCUUCUGGAGAAGAGCCAACGAGAAGGGCGCCUUCUGGGGGCUGGUGGUGGGGCUGCUGCUGGGCCUCGUUCGGCUGGUGCUGGACUUCAUCUUCCCCGAGCCCCGGUGCGGCGAGGCCGACGCCCGGCCCGGCCUGGUGAAGUACAUGCACUACCUGUACUUCUCCAUGGUGCUGGCGGCCGUCUCCACCCUCACCGUGCUGCUGGUCAGCGUGGCCACCGAGCCCCCCGCCCCCGAAAUGAUAAGUCGGCUCACCUGGUUCACGCGUGGGGACCCACCGCCCAAGCAAGACCUGGCAGUCGGCCCCUGCCCCGGCGACGCCGAGCGCCCCGUUCUCCAGCUUGAGCUAAACAUUGCCUCUGGCAGUAGUGCAGAGGAGAAGAAAUGUGCAACUGAGGCCAAAGGCAGCUCGAAGCUGAUGAGCACCUUCCUGUGGCUCUGUGGGAUGGAGCGCAGGCAGGAGAGCACCGAGGGCACAGCACCUCCCAAACCUGAGCCCCUGCCCGUGGCUUCCCUGGAGGAGAAGCCGCUGGUGAAACACAUCCUCAACAUCAACCUGCUCAUCUGUCUGUGUGCUGGGGUCUUCCUCUGGGCAUACUUUGCAUAGCCAGGGGGAUGCAAGUCCAGAUGACAUCAACUAAUUUUAAUUGGUGUAAAUAUUAAUAACUAGCAGAGGGUUAAUGUAAUUCUUAAUGCUUUCUAAAUUUUAUUUCUUUUAUUUAAGAAGACAGAUCCUUCUUCCUAAUCCCUUCCUUAUUUGUAAUGGGGGCCUGGCUUUGACCAGGGCUGAGUGCUUGGCACCAGCACUGUCAGACCCCAAUUGGCCCCAAACAGCUGAGGAAGGUUUGGUUAUUUUAAAUAUUUAAAUUUGCUCUUUGGCCUUAGAGCAGUGCCUGGAAUUCAGGAAGUCUGGAUUCUUUUCCUAUUUAUGCCUCUAUAACCAGCUACAACCACUUGGGUCCCCUUUGGUUCAGCUUCUCCAGCCUUGAGGGGCGAGUGACAGCUCUGAGUGCCCAGAGGAGAGGCCAAGGGCCUUGUCCACGCUCUGCUGUAUCUCACUGGCUCAGCUGUGCCCGUUCAGCCUCCUCCCUGUGUGCACUGAGCACCGAGGGGCCCGUCCUGGGAGCUCCUGCUGAGUUACUGUUGCUCGUGGUCUGACGGUGACACCGACCAACACCAGCACCCAGCGUGGAAACUGCCCCAAAACUGCCUCCAGGGGCACCUGAAGGACCUAGACCAGCCCAAACCCAGCAGCUGCUGCCAGGGCAGGGGUGCCCAGCAGCAGCCCCUCAUUGCCUGGGCCCCCCCAGCUGUUCUGGGAGCAAUCCAACAGAGAGCCCUGGGCCAGGAGCACCAACCCCUGUCCUGGCCCCUGGUCCGGGGCAGCCUGGGCAGGAGGGGGACGAGUGCCCUGCUCCCACCCUGGGGCCUUGUGUAGCUGCAGAUAAACUUAAUAAAGAGUGAGAGCUGCUCCCUGCCUGCCUCAGUCUGUG